AGCCCAUGCCAGACAUGAUAGCCGGACAUCUGAAUGACUCCCCAGUGCCUUCAGCAGGGAUUGUCCUGAGUGAGGCAUCAAGCUCUUCGCGUGUGCAGGAGGAGAGGCAAAUUGCUCGACAUGUGCUCCUCUGUCUGCUGCUCAUCGUCAGCAUGCUUGCUAACCUGUCCAGCUGCCUGUGGUGGUUGUUCAGUGCUGAUCCAGGACGACUUUACCUCGAGCUGCAGUUUUUCUGUGCUGUAGCCAAUUAUGGACAGGGCUUUGUUUCCUUUGGUAUUUUUGGGUUGGAUGAGCACCUUAUUAUUCUUCCAUUCAGAAAGAGGCUGGCGGCUCUGUGUGGUUUCAGUCAGGAGGAAAACCUUGAGUCUUCGGCUGUUCCUGAGGAAAUUCGACUGACCUGCACUCAGUUUGUGAGAUACCACAAAGAUCAGUGCGUUCAGGAUAUUGUUCGCAACAGAGGGGGGUCUUCUGAAUCUCUCGGCGGACCUGUGGGUGAAUCCUUCCUUUGAUUGACAGGAGUCACUGUUAUUUAGGCAGUGCAUUCAUUGGCUUCCUCUUGUAUGUGGGUGUGGCUAAAGUAAAAGUUGUGGCCUUGCUUUCAGGACACAGUCGCAGAAGAACAAUGUCUUACAACACACGAGUCUUCAAACUACCUGUGAUGCUGGUUCAUAAAAGGAUGAUGUGCUCAGUGUCUCCGCAUUUGUGAUGUGACACAAGCCCAAGCUGGAACUAAAUAGACUGAAUUGUGUAUCAGUAUGUGUUGUACUUUUUAAAUUACUAUGCAUGGCAUGCAGAAAGCACAGACGUCUCCCUUUACUCCCAUACCUGCACAUUCAACAGCCUUGCUCUGUUUCAAAUCUAGUGAGUUCCCUAUUGAGGCAGCAUUUAAAGGGUCACGAAACACCAUGAGAUGUUGACAGUCAUAUAUGUGUCCCAUGUUGCUAAAAACACUAUUACGACACAUAUAUUUUUACUAAAAAGUGAAAAUUGGUUGUUUUUGCGUUAUUUCAAGUAAAUUCGGUCAGUAAAUUCGGCGAUUAGAUCCUUUUGUUAAUUUCAGCGUGUCGACUGGAUGUCUGUAACGGCCGGUACAACCUGACGUCUUUGAGAUUUCAUCAUUAAUUCACGAGAAAGACUUGGUUCAAACCACUCAGCGCGCUCUAUUUUGAAUGAGGCGCAACUUCAUUAAUAUGAACGAUAGCUUCGAAGACUGUUUUCACAUGUUACAGUGUUCAGAGAGACACCACGCGGUGUAGCCAACCAUAAUUAAAACAUAUAGAAGAAGAAGAAGAAGAAUUGUUUGGAGACAUGGGUCUUCAGUGUUGCGUUUAUAAAUGUGCCACAAGGAAGGUUUUGUUUCCAUUUUCCCGGGAUGAGGGCACUGUUCACGUAUGGGCCCACAUUUGUGGAUUACAGAUUCACGCUAACACGUGACAAAAAUAUGUUUGUAAGGAAUAGUUUUUACCCGAGAGCUUUUCGCAUCUGGAAAUGGGGAAAUCCAGAGACGCGGCUCCAGUUGGUGUCGAUUGUCCUGUCUCUACAGAUUUGGUAAGUGUGUGAUCAGUGUUCUUUGUUUAUGUUUAUUCAGAGGCAAAGUUAGUUAGUAACAUCACCAGUACUCUUUCAGUUUUUAAAGAUGUACCUUAGUCAAAAUCAUUUAGUUACUAAGUUUACUGUAUGCUAAUAUCACUACAAUAUUAUGGGCUGAAAGAUCCGCUGUAAAUGCUGCACUCCAAAUGUAAACAUGUAAACACCUUAAUUAAAUUAUUACCGUCGUGUUUUCGCUAUGUAUGAUUUUAGCCGCAUUUUGUGACGGUAUUGUCUAUACACACACGGCUGUUUGAUGUUAUUGUCUGCACCUACCGAGUCUCUGCAUCUAUCAAGAAAUGCUAAGUUUUUUUUUACUCCCAUUCAGUAUCAUCAAAUUCCAUUAAAACGACACUCUUCCAGCAGUUCCUCGCAACCAAUAUCUCGUUUGUCACGGGGGCAUGCAUGAAAUGUUCCUGAAUGAAAGUGAAAGUGCCAAACUGCAGUUAAAGCUGACAAAUUAAGAAUGAAACACCCAAAAUUACAUGAAACGCCAGAGGAAAUGUGGAUAGCGCGGUGAUGCAAUGACAAUAAUCGAAUUAAGUCCUACAACGUAAAACGGGAUCAUGAUAGGAACAUUUAAAAAGCAGCUCAUGUAAACCCCUUAAUCAUUUGAUUAAUUAAUUUAUUAUCUAAUUCAGAUAAGAACAAAUAAUUCAUUACUGACGUCCAUGUAAACGUAGUCACUGUUUAUCUCCCCUGCGUCUGUAUUUGUGUUGCCUCUGUGAAAAUCAGUGCUUGCAUGUACUGAAACUCCCCUUUCCAUGCAAAUCCCUCCGUCUUUCGCCACUCGACACUCCCAUCUAAACAAAGCCGGACUCAGCCGCUCUCCUGACUUUUUUUAAACUAAAGGUGUGAAAACAUCCUGCUGAGACAGGGGGGGUUCGUGACCCUUUAAGGCAUCUUAGAUGACUUCUGACAAAAAUGCUGUUUUGUAAGAUGAGCAAUCUUGUUGCGUUGCAUCCUAACGGUUUAGCCCAAAUUUAAGGCAGCGUCACAUGCACCCUUUGAAAAUGCAAAUCCCACCCACUUUCUUUCUGAAAGAUCUUCUUAAUAUGUAUUUUUUUCUGAAAAGAAAAUAUCCCAGAAUACAUAAGUCAAAUUUAAAUUCGAGACAGUGGAUGAGGUGAAUUAAAAAUAGUUUUAUUUUGUCUCCAAUUCGUAUUCUGCUAAUGUUAAACACAUUGCAUAUGCUCUACCCUAUUACGAUUGGGGUUUCAAGGGAGCGUGGAUGCUUGCUUUUAUACUAAGCUGCCUUUUUAGGGCUCCAUUUUGGACCGGACGAAAAUACUUUUGCAGAGUUCUAAAUAUGCACUAAUUACUAAAGUUACAUUAAUUAAAUGUAACUACAAAUGGUGAAUGAAACAUCCUCACAACCUGCUGUCUACACAAGUGCAGCAAAACGUCUGACUGGGAUUUUAAUCGUAUGCUUUGUGUUACUUGUGAGCCUUGUCGUGAUGAUAAGACUGUAUGGCCUUGUAGCAAAGCAAUACAAGUCAUGUUUACAAACCUAAAAAUGAUCACGUGUGAGGUAACUGAGACGAAAUUCAGGACAAUCUCUGGAAUUUACAGCAGGGUCACUUCGUUUGCAGUCUACAGCACUGGUUAUGUGCCCUCAUGCGGUAAAUCUCAUCGUUUAUGUACGGUCAGUUUGUUUUGCUGGUGUGAAUCUCUGUAAGUAAUCAUAUUUAUGUUUCUGUGACAGUACAGCAUAACUUUAUAUCAAGAUAUGUGAAAAUGACAUUAGAAAGCAAGAGCACUGAUGAAACAUGUCUUUGUUUUGUUUAUUUCUGUAAUGCUGUUCACACAAUAAAUACAAUUAAAUGGCAA